GCCGUGGCCGGGCGCGCGCGGGGCGGAUGGCGGGGCUGUUCGAAGAGCGGAGCGCGCUGGUGACCUGCGUCACCCCCUGGGGCUGCUGGUACCAGAGCCUGGAGGAGGUCUUCGUCGAGGUGAACGUGCCGGCGGGGACCCGCGCGCGGGAGGUCGAGUGCAGCAUGAAGAGCCGCCACUUGUCGCUGGCCGUGGCGGGGAAGAAGGUGCUCGAGGGCAAACUCUUUGAUUCUACAAUAGCUGAUGAAGCAACAUGGACACUAGAGGACCAGAAACUAAUACGAAUCGUCUUGACUAAAACCAAACGAGAUGCUAGAAACUGUUGGACUUCUCUGCUGGAGAAUGAGUAUGUUGCAGAUCUUUGGAUCCAGGACCAAAUGCAGAAGAAGCUUACAUUAGAAAGAUUCCACAAAGAGAAUCCUGGAUUUGACUUCACUGGAGCAGACAUUUCUGGGAACUACAGCAAAGGAGGGCCGGACUUUUCUAGCCUUGAAAGAUAGUUAUGUGGCAACUACAGUUUAGUUUCAUGAACUAAAAAAGAGAGAAAGAGAAGUUAUGAAGGAAUAUAGUGUGGCCAAAGAAUUCACCUGUGAGCCUGUCAUUCACAGAAUGACAUGCUGCUUGUUCUGGACAGUUUCAAACCAGAAAAUAAAGGCUGUUUUAUUUAACAUAGUAAUGAAACAAACACCUGGCUUACAGAUGCAAAUCAGUGCUAGUUAUAUCAUGGCACUCUGUCAAGACUUAGAACACAUUUCCAUCCAUAAAAGUGAAAUCAGCCAUAUAGUUGCUCUUUGAUGUACUGGUAUAUAGUUGCUCUUCGAUGUACCCAAAAUAAGUCAUUGUGUAAAACCACAAGUUGUGUAAUUCUUUGUGACAUGGAGGAUACUACUGCUUACAUAUUUCCAGCUUUUAACAGCAAACUGCUAGUGUUACAAGUUAAUAAAAUGAAUGUUGCAAUGACA